AUGUCUGAGUGUAGACCCCAUGCAGCUCGAUUACACGCCCAGGCAAACUGGAUCGACAGUGGAAGCUGGUGUGCGGGUCAUCUGGAUCCUGAUCCAUAUAUUCAGGUCCGUUUCAACAGCCAAAGCAUUAUCACCGGCAUCGCCCUCCAAGGUCGACCUAACCAGAACGAUCCAUCUCACCCCUGGCACAAUUGUUGUGAACAGCGGGUGAGGUCCUAUCGAUUCUGGUACAGUGCGGAUUGUGAGACGUUUUUGUCAUAUACAGAUGGCAAUGGAAACUCAACGAUUCAGUGUGUACAAAAAUGCAUCGAAGCGAAGGCGGCUGAUUUAUGCAGAUUGUCUGGAUUUGACAAAGCUACGGGCACCUGUUACCUCAGUUUAAACCAUGCCGAUGACGUCGUCAGUGUUACAGAUGACAACAAACUUGUACUCAUACCGGGUGAUGCCUACAUAUGCUCAAGAGGGGACUAUCUUGUCAGCGGACGGAAACCACUGCCUGAUGACCAAAUAACAGCUUCUAGUACAUUAAAUUAUCCCGCAGCGUCAGUAUGUACCACGGUAGCUCGCUUACACGCGGAGGCAAACUCGAUGAACGUUGGGAGUUGGUGCGCUGACUAUCAGGACCCCGACCCAUAUAUCCAGGUUCAAGUACGGUUUAGCAAUCAAUCCAUUAUCACUGGCAUUGCCCUUCAAGGUCGACCAAUACACACCGACCCAACCAACAUCUGGUACUCAUUUAAUUGGAUUAUACAGUUCGUGACGUCAUAUCGCUUCUGGUACAGUGAGGAUUGUGUGACGUUUCUCCCAUACACAGACGACAAUGGAACAGCAACGGUUUUUCCUGGUAAUUCUGACAGAGACAACGUGGUGACCAACAUGCUUCCGCGUCACGUGACUGCAAUGUGCGUGCGCAUCAACCCCGUGACCUGGGAAGGUUAUUGCUCACUGAGGUUUGACAUUUUUGGGUGCGUCAAAGACACUCUGUAA